ACCUAAAAAGGGAAGACUUCGGAGGUACUUUAGGCUUCUAUAUAACUUACAAGUCAUCGCUUCCUCUUUAAUAUGUUGCCUUCUGUUGUGUUAUUCACUUCAUAAGUAUUGCCGCCUCUCUGUCUCUCCUCCCUCUCUCCCUCUCUUAAAACCACCCUCAUCAGCUCUGUCAAUUGCAAAACAACCAACAAAACAGAACUCAGCUGCCACUCAGGGGCGUCCAGAGAGAAUGCCGCUCUCUUAUUGUGUGGCGGAGAAUAAACCCUGUGUGCGUUGGGUUCAGAAAUAUUUCAAGGACUGCCUUUGCAACCUAAGCGAUGACAUCUCGUUUGCUCUGGGUCUGAUCAGCUUAGUGUGUUGGGGUGUGGCUGAAAUUCCUCAAAUCAUCACAAACUUUCACACCAAGUCCAGCCACGGUGUUUCCCUCGCCUUCCUCUGCACCUGGGUUGCCGGGGAUGUCUUUAAUUUGUUGGGUUGUUUUCUGGAACCGGCAACGUUGCCGACCCAGUUGUACACAGCUCUGCUCUACACAGCAAGUACCGUAGUCUUAGUAUUGCAGAGUGUGUAUUAUGACUACAUCUAUGCAUGGUGGAAAUGCCAAAAUUUCAAAGCCAGACAGAAGGAUGAAGAAGAGAAUAUAAAACCAUUGAAUCCUAAGUUGGCUGAUUUAGGCAUUCCAAUACCAACUGCUUCACCCAAAGCCACUCCUAAAAGGGAGUUCUACUACACGUCAGCAAGAUCAAUGGCUGGCAGUGGAACUCCGCCGUUUCGAACGUAUAUGAGAGCAGCUAGAAGUGGUCCUUCUGCAAUGAUAAUGGACAGUGACUCGUCUUCUGAGGACGAGUCAGCUCUGGUUACAUCCAACAAGAACUCUGUUACCCACCCUAGGCCAAUCCCAAGAUCCGUUGGUUACGGAACAUUUCUAGCAACAUCAUUUAACUUGCCUUCACAAACAAAGGGUUUGGCACAAGUAUACCUGGGAGUUACUGGGAGGAAACUCUUGCAGGAACACUCAGUUGAGCAUAGUGCCUUGGGUCAAUGGCUGGGCUGGCUAAUGGCUGGUAUAUACAUGGGUGGUCGACUCCCUCAGAUUUGGUUAAAUAUUAAAAGAGGAAGUGUGGAGGGCUUGAAUCCUCUAAUGUUCGUCUUUGCACUGAUCGCAAAUGUCACUUAUGUGGGAAGCAUACUUGUAAGAACCACCGAGUGGGAUAACAUUAAGGCCAACAUGUCAUGGUUGCUCGAUGCUGCAGUUUGCGUAGUACUUGACUUAUUUAUAAUUUUGCAGUUCAUCUACUAUAAAUACUGGAGGAAAGGGACUGCAAGAGGUGAAGAAGACUACAUGUACCAAGGAAGCAAAUAAUGGUGUAGCUUCUUGAAAGCACAUUUGCAUGCAUGUAUGCUGAAAUCAAAUCCAAAUCUAGAGCACCAUAAUUAAUCUUUCCAUCUCCCUAUUAUCGCUAGGGUUUGUUGUUUUUGGCAUUAAAUCAACAUGCCUAACUAAAACAACAAUCAAACAAGGAUUAGGACAUCGUGGACGCAAGAUAUUUGGAUUUGUGUUUCCUAGUUGGUUUGGGAUUUGGUUUUAGUAUAGGAUUUGGUUUCCUAUAUUCUAGGGACUUUGUGUAAACCUAUGACAUCUAUUAGUAUAAAUAGAUGGAUGUGGGAUAGAGUUUUGUGUGAGAGUUUUUUAGAGGCAUAAAUUUGUAUACUUGAGAACACUUUGUGUUUGUGAGUUCUCUUGUACUUGUUGGUAAUCAAUAAAGUCUAUGUUAUUAGAGAAGUACUCCUAUAUUGGAGGAACUUUGAAA